GUCAACUCAUCGCCCGGUCUUGUCCUUUGCAUCCCCCACUCCUCAAUUGUCGCAGGACGAUCCUCAACCCAUCCCUAUCUUCUAUCUUGCCUCUGCGUUCAGAGUCAAUCGCUCAAUACUCUUCUCUUUUUAUCCCCUCUUCCCCUCCGACCAGACUUCACAAUGGGCAAGUUGACCAGCACGAUCGGUAUUCCGAUCAAGCUCCUGAACGAGGCGCAGGGCCACGUUGUCACGCUCGAAAUCACGUCCGGUGUCGUGUACCGCGGAAAACUUCUGGAGGCCGAAGAUAACAUGAACGUGCAACUGAAGGAUAUCACGGUUACCGCCCGCGACGGUCGCGUGUCACACUUGGAUCAGGUCUACAUCCGGGGAAGCCAUGUCAAGUUCUUCAUUGUUCCGGACAUGCUGAGAAACGCCCCCAUGUUCCGCUCACGAGGCCAGCGCGGCCGCGGUGUCGGCUUGGCCCGUGGUAAGGCUACUGUGCAGAGAGCUCGGGGCCAGCGACGAGGCUGAAUGGAGAGGUCUGUUGAGGGUGGAUAAUCAUUAAACUUGGUCGGCGUUUGUCUUUUCUGUUAUGGCUGUGCAACCUUGGAUCUGGGUCGGUUGAGGGAUUCCAUCGAAUCGAAUUGAAUAUAUUCCACGAAAAAAUCGAAUGACGACUGGCCCGUGUUCUGGAG